AUGCUGGGAACAGCGGAUGAAAAGACAAGAGCCUUGGUUCAACGAGAAAAUCCCAAAGCACCAUGGCCCUCCAAUAUUGAAGCCAUGAUUACACGAGAUUAUCACAGUACCUUUCCCGGACGCAAUGCCGGUUUCCAGGCUGGGUUUUGGGUACUCAAACCAUCUCAAAAGCACUUUGACAAAUUGAUUGAGAUUAUCAAAACUACAAAUUAUGCCAUUGUCCAUGCCAAAAAGAAUGGAAAAUGCCUCUCUGGCGCAGACUCGUGUGAAGAUUGUCGUACCACACCGAUUCCAGAAAUUAACAGUUUCCAUUACACAGCCUGUCGCAAACCAUGGACAUGCAUUGCUGUCAAAACCAACGACCCCAACAACUCAAUGCCACGCAAGUACUCCAUUCCCACUGAUAUUGUGCAUUUUGAUCAAUGCAUGCAAGCCCAAAAGGUCUGGCAUGGCAUGCGUGCCCAUUUGGAAGAGCAGCUGGUACAGCUCACAGGAGACAAGGAGAAUAUUCUUCAAAAGGGGCAGUCGGGAAGUUACAACAAAGAAUUCUUUUUGGGACAUUGCUCGGAAGAUCAAUCCAAAGGAUACCUGCGGUUGGCUGGAGGAGCACCUGAAACCAUCAAGAGAAUACCAGAGCUGUACAAGUAGUAGCAAAGACCUCGCCACCGCCCAGUGGCAUUGAUCCAAAAUUGCUUCUAAAACUGGAACUGAUCACCUCUCUUUGAACCGGGGAUCCUUACUAUGGGGUUAGGCCAGUCUCAGUUACAGGCACUGUUAAAGGGGCACAAUGCCUGUGAGAGCGUUUUGGGUGUGACUCGCAUCUGUACUAGUAGCUCUUUUGCAGUUUCAUCCCUUGGCCAUUUUGAUGUAGGAUAUCUACACAGCAAAAC